GUUCGGAUGAACAGAGUACAUGCUGGGAGCUCAAUGUUUUCAACCCAUGUUUUAGGCUCCGUCAUGGAAACUUAGGCGGCCGGAUGACAGAAACCGCUGUGGCAAUGCUUCUUUCCUUUAUAGUACAGAUCAGAGGCUCUGGGAGGGUCCAGUCCAAAAGGAGGUCGUCGGUAGCAUCAAUCAGUCCGCGAGAACGCGUCCCAGGAUGCGAGGCAAAAGGCGAAGACAUGAGGUAUUCACAGUCAACUAGGCAGACAACCCAGUUGUUAAACGCAAACAUCCUCCCGCCAUCCAGCUCAAACAAGGCGGCCCUUUCUGCUGCGUUGCUCGCUACGGAAGGCCAAAAUGCCAUGGAAAACACUAUGGGGAAGGAGCGGACCAUGUCGCGUCAUGGACGAGAAUGGGCCCGUGAUAGGAAACAACAGCGGCUAAGAAGACCCUGUGACGGAAACAGAGAGAUUGGGGAACCAUGACUGGCGAAAGUCAAAGCCCUUCUUGCCAUAGAGAGCAUGAAAACGCGGUACUGCCCGUACGGCGUUGGACAAUCCGCGUUGGAGCUGGCGAUGACCGUCGAGUUUGCUUUCCCCAAACACCACGGCAGCUUGCCCUUGCUGCUGUUGGAGUCGGCGACCGUAUGCCUGCGUUCUCCAUCCGAGUUGUUUACCUGGCUGUAUCAAUCUAUAAAUCCAGUCUUCUCCCAAAUGAAUCCAGCAUGCUCAACCUC